AUGCAAUUAAUAUAUCAUAAAAAGCUCAGCGUGAUAACUGGGUUAUUUAUAUUAUCGUUAAUAAAUUUAGUUUCGGGGUACGUUACAAAGUUUAAUGAACUAAAUUCUCAGGUGUGUUCAGGUAUAUAUUCUAAGCAUGAUUGGGGUGGAAGCUUUAAACCAAGUAUUGAAAUCAAAUUGCUUUCAUACGGUAAAGAUAAAUACGAUUCCAAAUCAAAGGAUCAAAAGGAGAAGGAAGAUAUUUCUGUGAGUUACGUUAUUUUUGAAUAUAAGGACUUAGGAAACAUUGGGUAUGAUCUUGGCGAUGGGAAGUAUAAAUACAUUUGUGACGACUAUGCAAUCAACGACUUAGGAAUAUGUGAAAAGAAGCAAAAGGGUAAAUUUAUUAUCCAAUCGACAUCGCCCAACUCAACGAUUAUGACGUCGUCAUUUAACCAUCUUGGAGAGGCAAAUAUUCAUUACAAUGUGUCAAGAUCCGGGUAUUAUUGUAUUUCGACUGUAUCGAUGAACGAUAAGGGUUAUUCGGGGGCAAUGAACUUCCAAAAUGCGUUCGGUCACUUGAGUGCUAGUGAAAUUCCGAAGUUACCAGCAUACGGUAUAUUGACUAUAUUCUACGCCAUUGCGUUAGCAUUAUACGGAUUCCAAUUUUACAAGAAGAGAAAUCAGAACCAGAUCUUACCUUUGCAAAGAUACUUGUUAGCUAUGUUAGGAUUCUUGACUUUCGACACCAUCGUCGUCUGGUCGUACUAUGACUUAGUAAACAGAACCAGGAAUCCUCUGGCGGGAUUCGUGACAUUCUACAUGUUCUUCCUUUCGUUUAUGAAUGCUACUAAGACUUCCUUUUCGUUUUUCUUGUUAUUAUGUAUUUCGUUGGGUUAUGGUGUUGUGGUGCUCAAAUUGAAGAAGAGUGUCAUGUUGAAAUGUAAAAUCUUGGCUGGUUGUCACUUUGUGGCUACAAUGGUCUAUUUGGUUUCGAAUUACUACAAUGGAUCGGCUUACACCACAUCAUCAGGCUCUUCGAGCUCCAUGAAUAAUUCUGGGGCUGGCGACUUGCUUGGAUUAUUGCCAUUGAUUCCAGUUACUAUAACUUUGACCGCUUACUAUUUGGCAGUCUUAAUAUCAAUUAAGAAAACUACCGCCAAUUUACAUAAACAGCGUCAAAUUAUUAAGUUACAACUUUACCAAAACUUGUUCAGAAUUAUCUUUCUGUCUGUUGUUUUAACUUUCGGGGGUUUAAUUUUAUCGUCAUUUAUCUACUUAAGUAUGUCCACGACUGAGAUGAUCGAGGAACAUUGGAAAGGUGCUUUCUUUAUUUUUGAUUUCUGGCCAAGUGUUGUAUUCUACGGUGUUUUCAUGGGAGUUGCAUGGUUAUGGAGACCAACAGAAACUAGUUACAUGUUGGCAAUUUCACAACAAUUGUCUACUGAGGAAACUGCUGAUAAUGAGGAUGGUGAAGCCGAUAUUGGCCAGGGAUACCACCGCGGUCAUGAAUUUGAAUUGGAUGACUUAUCUUUAAUAAGUCACAGCGACAAUGAAAACGAACCUCCUGCCGAUCAGGAUAGUUUCGAAUUAUCGAGAGAUGAAAAUCCUCCUCAAUAUAGCGAAACCGAUGACGACAAUAAGAAGUCAAAGAAAAAAGAAGAACCUACUGAUACUGGUAAUACACUCUUUGAAUUAGGAGAAGAGAGCGAUGAUGAGAAUAAGGAUGAUGAUCGCUUAAAUAGCAAAUAA